GACCCGGCACUGCGGGCGACCGAGCGUUUCCUCACCAGGUGCAGGCGCUAAUUAAAGCUUUAGGUCUAGACGAGGUGUCUUUAUUGGCCGUUACACAAAGUAGUCAGAACGCGGGGAGGCUGCGCUGGACGUAUUUCUGCGAAGGAGCCCCUGGCACAGGAGAAGAUGCAGUGAGAAUCUUGUACGGAGCCCCCCAUAAGUUGUCUCUGCGAGUUAUUUCUUCUCUUUAACGUUAGUAUCAAGCCAUGCACGUUUUGGACCUUUCUCUAGUUGGAACUUGAUCUUCACGAUGCACAAGUUCAUCACACAGGACGCACAGAACUGCUGGAGCUGAGCCCAAGGGGUGAAGCUCCCACUCGGAGCACGGAGCUCCGGCUACUUCAGCAGUUCAUGGCUGUGUUGUGCUGUCUCCUGCAGAGCAGCACCUGGCCUGAGGUCUCUGGCACGGCUUGACAUGCCUUUCCAUGCCAUGCUAUGCCUUGCCAUGCCAUGCCAUGCCAUGCUUUUCCAUGCCAUGCCCCAUGGCAUUUCUUGAAAAAUGCUUUCUCCACAUCUGUAGCAGUGCUACCCCUCGCUGCUGGAUCAGUAAAACUGUUGCCUGUGCUAGAAAGUUUCUAUCCAAGGGAGAACAGACUGUAGCCGGAGCUGUACCAGCGCUAGGGGUGCGCACUGAGGAUUGUUGCCAGGUUUUGCUUCUUGAGGCUUCUUGCAGUGACCUUCGUACUUACCGGUUACCAUGUGGUGAUACAUUAAAAAAAAAAAAAAGACUUUGUGCAAACCUGCGCUGGGUUUCGCUUGCGGGGAGGGCAAAGGUUAUUUCUGCACUUUUGCAUACACGUGUUUAGGGAGCGCAGAGCAGAGCCCAACUUAAAUCACAGGGGACAGGACAGAAACAUAAAGAGCUGAGUAAAUCUGAGCUACACUGGCACUGAAGAGUUAAUUUGAGGAAAAUGAGGGGUUUUUUUCUGUGUCUGCUCCGCUCUAUGGUUGAAUAGAAGGGGUUUUUCAUUUGUUUGGUCUUUUAUGUAGUGGAAGACAGUUAACUUCAGGGUUUUUUCUUUGAUUCUUCAGCUCUGUCAACUUCCCUGGAUAUUGGGCUGAGUAACUGGAGCUUCCUAUACGUCACUGUCUCCCUCUACACGAUGACCAAAUCCUCUGCCAUUCUCUUCAUCCUGCUUUUUUCACUGCUCUUCAAGCUGGAGGAAUUGAGGGUGGCUUUGCUGCUGGUGGUUUUGCUCAUCGCUGGGGGCCUCUUCAUGUUCACCUACAAGUCCACACAGUUCAACGCCCAGGGUUUCGUGCUGGUGCUCUGCGCCUCUUUCCUUGGGGGUAUUCGCUGGACCCUCACGCAGAUCCUUAUGCAGAAGGCUGACCUGGGGCUCCAGAACCCCAUUGAUAUCAUGUUUCAUCUGCAGCCGCUCAUGUUCCUGGGGCUCUUGCCACUCUUUGCCGUGUUUGAGGGCCUGCCUUUGUCCGUAUCAGAGAAGCUCUUCCGUUUCCAUGAAGCAGGAACGCUGUUCUGUCUAGUAGGGAAGCUGUUCUUGGGUGGAAUUCUUGCCUUUGGUCUAGGCUUUUCUGAGUUCCUCUUGGUUUCCAGAACAUCUAGCCUCACCCUUUCCAUUGCUGGCAUUUUUAAGGAAAUCUGCAUUUUAUUCCUCGCCACACGAUUGCUGGGAGACCGCCUCAGUCUCUUGAACUGGCUGGGCUUUGCUGUCUGUCUGUCAGGAAUCUCCCUUCAUGUCAUUCUCAAAGCCAUGAAUUCCAAAGGUGAGAACGCACUGAAGCUGCACAAAGAGCCCAGCUCCGACCCUGACCUGGAGCUGCUGCUGCGCCACACGGAACGUGGUGAGGAGGAGGAAGUUGAAACCCCACAACAACACUGACUGAACGCCAAGCACAAAGGCCCCAUCUCUGUUCUUACCAAACCUGCCUGACAGCCAGCUGGGAGGAAGGUCCAAGCGUCUCUGUGACCACCCAAAGGAGAGCCAGGGCCUGGUGGGAGAGUCCUGCUGUUCCCCUACAGCGUGGAUCUGUAGAUGCUGCACAAGGAACAGGCAAUAUCCCAUUCACAGAGAGCAAAUUUGGAACAUGAGCCCUGGUCCAGUGGAAGUAGAACUGCGUGGUGAGACUGGGAAAAGCUAUAGAAAGCUUAUUAGGGAAUCCUGAAGGCCGUGCAUUUAGCGUGUGGACCAUGAGCUGUAGAACGAGCAUGGACAUGUCUGGACUGCAGGCUAAGCAUUUCAGGGAUGAUUUUAGUGUUGUUGAGGCUUUGACUUCAAAAGAGAAGGUAAAUAUACCUUCGCAUACUUCCUUUAUGGUUCUGCCAGAUAGGGACUCCCAUCUUGGUGGAAGCAGAUGAUAUAAAUCCAUAGACGUCCCAGCGAGAAGGAGCCUUUGUGCCUGGUGACCUCCCAUGUUCUGUGUGCACAGUAAGGAGCGAACUAAAUGCUGGUAUUUGGGACCAAUUGAACGUAACCAAAUGAUGUUGGCUGGAGGAAGCACGGGGAUGCAGGAGUGCUUCUGGCCCUGCAGGCCAAGGGAAGAGAGCAGUAUCAUAGGAGAGCAAGCUUGAGCAAUAAGCUUAUCAGAAAGUAUGUGGGGAUUUGAGGGGGGGGGUUUGUUUUUUAAAUAAACUGGUUUUCUGAUUC